AUGGAGCACAACACAGGUCUAGUGGCGGGCAGCCACAACCGGAACCACCUAGUCGUUAUCCGGAAGGAUUCCCAAGUGUCGCACAACCCGACGUUUAAUCCGAUCAUCUGCCAAAUCUGUGGCGACGACGUGGGUCAGUUCGUGGAGGGCGGCAUCUUCGUGGCGUGCCACGAGUGCGCGUACCCCGUGUGCCGCCCCUGCUACGACUACGAGCGCAAGGAGGGCAGCCGCGCGUGCCCGCAGUGCAAGACGUUCUACAAGCGAUAUAAGGGGAGCCCGCGCAUUGACGAAGAUGACGACGACGAGGACGACGAUGAGGAGAGGAGCGACCGCGGAGGCGACAGGGGUGGCGCAUCUCUGGACGUCCCUACGACGUCGUACGCGUCGUACGUGUCGCACAACGCGCAGGCGUCGUCGCAGUAUCCGAUGCUGACGUCCAACCAGGUCAACCCGGAUCAGUCCGUCGCAACGGAGUACAACCCCGGCGCUAUGGUGCCGGCCGGUACGAUUCCGCCGCCCUCGGAUUACAACAAGUACGAGCGUACGCCUAGCCGUACGCCCAGCCAGACACCGAGCGCCAACGACAUGGCCAUGGAGCUCCGUGCCCCCAGCUACGGGUACGGCAGCGUCGUCUGGAAGGAUCGCGUGGAGUCGUGGAAGCAGCAGCAGGGUCGCAUGGUAGUCGGCGACGGCAACGGAGCAGAGGAAGUUUCCGCAGGCGCCACUGCGGAAGGCGAUCUCCCGUCCAUGGACGAAUCCCGUCAGCCUCUGUCGCGCAAGGUUCACUAUCCGUCAUCUCUCAUCAGCCCGUACCGUCUGGUUAUCGUGAUUCGGCUGGCGGUUCUCGUUUUCUUCCUUCGCUGGCGGUGCCUGAAUCCCGUCGACGGGGCGUGGUGGCUGUGGCUGAUUUCGGUUAUCUGCGAGGUCUGGUUCGCGUUUUCGUGGAUUCUCGAUCAGUUCCCGAAGUGGAUGCCAAUCAAGCGAGAGACGUAUCUGGACCGUCUGUCGCUGCGUUUCGAUCGGAAGGGCGAGCCUUCGCAGCUGGCGGCCGUAGAUCUUUUCGUGUCGACGGUGGAUCCGCAGAAGGAGCCCCCGCUCACCACGGCGAACACGCUUCUCUCCAUCCUGUCCGUUGAUUAUCCCGUCGACAAAGUUUCGGCUUACGUGCACGACGAUGGUGGCGCGAUGCUGACUUUCGACGCGAUGGGCGAAACGGCGGAAUUCGCGAGGCGCUGGGUUCCAUUCGCGAAGAGAUACAGCAUCGAGCCGCGGGCACCCGAAGUGUACUUCACGCAGAAAGUUGACUACCUCAAGGACAAGGUUGACCAGGAUUUCGUCAAGGAUCGUCGCCAAAUGAAGAGGGACUACGAGGAGUUCAAGAUCCGCAUCAACUCUCUCGUCGCGCGCUCGCACAAGAUGCCUGAGGACGGCUGGGUGAUGCAGGACGGCACGCCGUGGCCCGGCAGCAAAUCCCGCGACCAUCCCGGCAUGAUCCAGGUUUUCCUCGGCCCCAGCGGCGGAACCGACGUGGAUGGUAACCCGCUUCCGCGACUGGUGUACGUGUCUCGCGAGAAGCGCCCGGGUUACAACCACCACAAGAAGGCCGGUGCUAUGAACUCGCUGAUUCGCGUGUCGGCGAUUCUGUCCAACGCGCCGUACAUGCUGAAUCUGGAUUGCGAUCAUUACCUCAACGACAGCAAGGCGCUGCGCGAGGCCAUGUGCUUCAUGAUGGACCCGAACGUGGGCAAGAAGUGCUGCUACGUGCAGUUCCCGCAGCGAUUCGACGGCAUUGACCCCAACGAUCGUUACGCCAACCACAACACCGUCUUCUUCGAUAUCAACUUGCCAGGGCUCGACGGUAUUCAGGGCCCAUGCUACGUGGGUACCGGUUGCUGCUUCCGUCGCCACGCGCUGUACGGCUACGAGCCGCCCAAGAAGGAGAAGAAGGCGCGGUGCGGCGGGCUCAUGUGCUCGUGCUUCAGCUGCUGCGCGGGCGACCGCGGGAAGGAGGGCGGAGGCAAGCGCAAGAAGCUUCCGGACGGCACGCCGUUGCCCGCCGGCGCUGAGGCCUUCCUGGGAGACGACGAUGUUGAAGGCGACAGCCUGUUGGCGCUCAAGAAGUUCGAGAAGAAGUUCGGCCAGUCGCCCGUCUUCGUGCUCUCUACGUUCCACGAGGAGGGCGGCGGCGUGGCUUCUGCCAGUCCCGGGUCCACUCUUAAGGAGGCCAUCCACGUCAUCUCGUGCGGCUACGAGGAGAAGACGGAGUGGGGCAAGGAGCUUGGCUGGAUCUACGGGUCGGUCACUGAGGAUAUUCUGACGGGCUUUAAGAUGCACGCACGCGGCUGGCGCUCCAUCUACUGCAAGCCGAAGCGCGCCACCUUCAAGGGAGGAGCGCCUAUUAAUCUGUCCGACCGUCUGCAGCAAGUGCUUCGGUGGGCGCUUGGGUCAGUGGAGAUCUUCCUGUCCCGCCAUUGCCCCAUCUGGUACGGCUGGAAGGGCAACCGCCUCAAGAUGCUUCAGCGGCUCUCUUACAUCAACACCGUCGUUUACCCGUUCACGUCCUUCCCGCUGCUCAUGUACUGCAUGCUGCCCGCCAUCUGCCUGCUGACCAAUAAGUUCAUCAUCCCGUACCUGGAUACAGUUUCCACGCUCUACUUCAUCGCGCUUUUCCUCAGCAUCUUUGCAACGGGUCUGCUUGAAAUGAGGUGGUCCAAGGUCAGCAUGACCGAGUGGUGGAGAAACGAGCAGUUCUGGGUCAUCGGAGGGGUGUCGGCGCAUCUUUUCGCUGUUUUCCAGGGCAUGCUGAAAGUGCUAGCUGGUAUCGACACCAACUUCACGGUUACAGCUAAGCAGGCGGAGGACGGCGAGUUUGCUGAGCUGUAUCUGUUCAAGUGGACGUCGCUGCUCAUCCCUCCUCUCUUCCUCAUCAUCUUCAACGUCCUCGGGAUUGUUGCGGGAGUUGCAGUCGCGAUGAAUUCCGGAACCGCGGAGUGGGGCGAUCUGUUCGGAAAGCUCUUCUUCGCCUUCUGGGUGAUUGUUCACCUUUACCCCUUCAUGAAGGGUCUCGGUGGGCGCAACGCCAAGAUCCCCACGAUCGUGAUCGUGUGGUCGGUGCUGCUCGCCUCCAUCUUCUCCCUCCUCUGGGUCAAGAUCAGCCCCUUCGCCCCUAAGAGCGAGGGCCCCUCGCUCGAGUCCUGCGGCAUCUCUUGCUAA